UUAAUGCUGCAAUCCUCUUUGUGAAAGUGACGCGCUUCUGUCAGAAACAGAGCUUAGCUGAAGUGAAACAGGGAGAGAGGGAAACAGACUCAUUCAAUUUCUGCUUGACUGGCAUCCGGUUAACUACUGUUUGGUCCUGUCAGAUUUUCUUUGAUCUGGUUUUUCUUGCAGGUUGAUCAUCGGGACUACAAAAAUCACACCCCACCAGAACUUUUUGGGAAGUCUGCCAAUCUCAUACUGGACAUUUUCAUUUUGGGAUUGAAAGCUAUUGAUCAGAAUCUGUCCAACUUCUUUUGAAUUGCUGCAGACCUACUUUGCACUCGCACCAUUCUACAACUUCGGCCUGUGGUUUGGAAGAUGCUAAUAGCUUAUGCAAAUUGGAUUCAAAUCUAACUGAGGACACCCAUAUCCAGCUCUUAUUAUUAUUUUAUUUUGUAUUCUUUUAAACUUUGUGGAAGAGUUUAAAUCUAAAGUACAACCUGGUGUAUGAGCAAACAGUAGAAACUGAGAGGUGGUCUCAGGUGAAGGGUGAGAGACAAAAAAUAGGUGUUUUUGGAAGGGUCGGUGGGGCUCAAACAGAGCCACGGUGGAGGACGACCUGCUGGAUUUUACUGAAAUGGACGCGUAUGACCGUUAUGUGGAUGGGGACAGGGACAGCUACCAGAUUGACUACAGGCGUAUUGUGGGAGACAUGGAGCCAGCCAGGCCACGGAUGUCGUUACGAGACUCGGAACAUCACUUUCAUGGCCUUUUUACCCAUAAUACACUACAUGGGCAUGGGCAUGAGACGGCUGCCCAGCGCUACAAUGCCACCCGGAUACAGGCAGGGUAUGAACCAGAGAGCAUGGCUGAUUACCUUAUCAGCGGGGGAACUGGGUAUGUGCCAGAGGAUGGACUCACUGCCCAGCAGCUCUUUGCCAUCGGUGAUGGUCUCACAUACAAUGAUUUCCUGAUACUGCCUGGCUUCAUUGACUUCACAUCUGAUGAAGUGGAUUUGACCUCUGCUCUGACCCGGAAGAUAACCCUGAAGACGCCACUCAUUUCCUCUCCCAUGGACACAGUCACAGAGUCCUCCAUGGCCAUCGCUAUGGCUCUCAUGGGUGGAAUUGGAAUCAUUCAUCACAACUGCACACCUGAGUUCCAGGCCAAUGAGGUCCGGAAAGUCAAGAAAUUUGAGCAGGGCUUCAUUACGGACCCUGUAGUGAUGAGUCCACGGCACACUGUCGGUGAUGUGUUUGAAGCAAAGGUACGGCACGGUUUCUCCGGCAUCCCGGUUACUGAAACCGGCAAGAUGGGCAGCAAGCUGGUGGGUAUCGUUACAUCACGAGACAUCGACUUCCUGUCAGAGAAAGAUUACGACAGGCCACUGGAGGAGGCAAUGACAAAACGAGAAGAUUUAGUGGUUGCUCCAGCGGGUGUUACGUUAAAAGAGGCUAAUGACAUCUUGCAGCGCAGUAAAAAAGGUACGAGCGUUAACUUCUGUCCUGUUUGUGUUGUGAUGUUUAGCACAAGCUUGCUGAUCACAUUCCUGUUUUCUCUUUCAGGUAAACUUCCUAUAGUGAAUGACAGCGAUGAGCUCGUAGCUAUAAUAGCUCGUACCGAUUUAAAGAAGAACAGAGACUAUCCUCUAGCCUCCAAAGACUCUCGCAAACAGCUCCUGUGUGGCGCAGCCAUCGGCACCCGAGAGGACGACAAGUACCGGCUAGACCUGCUCAUGCAGGCUGGAGUGGAUGUGAUAGUUCUGGACUCUUCUCAGGGGAACUCUGUGUUUCAAAUCAGUAUGAUCAACUACAUCAAACAGAAAUACCCAGAACUACAAGUGGUGGGAGGAAACGUGGUGACUGCUGCUCAAGCAAAGAAUCUUAUAGAUGCUGGUGUUGAUGCUUUACGAGUGGGCAUGGGCUGUGGAUCCAUCUGUAUCACACAGGAAGUGAUGGCGUGUGGGAGACCGCAGGGCACGUCUGUGUAUAAGGUGGCUGAGUACGCCCGGCGCUUCGGGGUACCAGUUGUUGCAGAUGGUGGCAUUCAGACGGUUGGGCACGUUGUCAAAGCCCUGGCGCUGGGAGCAUCCACAGUGAUGAUGGGGUCAUUGUUAGCGGCAACCACAGAAGCACCCGGGGAGUAUUUUUUCUCAGAUGGUGUACGAUUGAAGAAGUACCGUGGUAUGGGCUCUUUGGAUGCUAUGGAGAAAAACAACAGCAGUCAGAAACGGUACUUUAGUGAAGGUGAUAAAGUGAAGGUAGCUCAGGGAGUCUCUGGCUCAGUUCAGGAUAAAGGCUCGAUACACAAGUUUGUUCCAUACCUCAUCGCUGGAAUUCAACAUGGCUGUCAGGAUAUCGGUGCAAAGAGUCUGUCCAUUCUGCGAUCGAUGAUGUACUCUGGAGAGCUGAAGUUUGAGAAGAGGACAAUGUCUGCUCAGGUUGAGGGCGGAGUUCAUGGACUGCAUUCUUAUGAGAAGCGGUUAUAUUGAGCCCGGCAGCAGGGGGCACAUGAGAGGAGGACCCAAUGUCCCAUCACCAGCCGUCACCAAACACAGCAGCUAAAC